ACCCCUCCCCCCAAACUCGAAUUCUCCCACAAAUCCCCUUGAUGGGAGACACCAUGGAACCUUUGGUGGAUGAUGUGACUAAGAAGUUCACAAGAAGCAUAUCUCAUGCAAAAGAUGAGUUACAAAGCUUUAGAACAUACCUAAAAUGGAUGUGUGUUGAUCAAUCAAACAUUUGGACAACUUGUUUGUCUUGGUUUUUGUUCAUAUUUUUGGGGCUUGUUGUCCCAUCUGUGUCUCAUUUUUGGUUGGCUUGUUCCACUUGUGAUGCUAAACAUGCAAGGCCUUAUGAUUCGGUGGUUCAGCUGUCUUUGAGCAGUGUUUCAGCUUUGUCUUUUGUUUGUUUGACGAGGUUUGUCAAGACAUACGGUUUGAAACGGUUCUUGUUUUUUGAUAAGCUUUAUGUUGAAAGUGAAGCUGUCAGGAAAGGAUACACUGGUCAGCUCAAUAGAUCACUGAAAAUUGUAGCAGUCUUUGUUCUUCCAUGUUUCAUAGCUGAGACUGCGUACAAAGUAUGGUGGUAUGCCUCAGGUGCUUCACAAAUUCCUUUCCUAGGCAUUGUCUGGCUCAGUGACACGGUCGCCUGCAUUACGGAGUUGUUCUCGUGGCUUUACCGGACGACUGUCUUCUUCCUUGUGUGUGUUCUUUUCCACCUUAUUUGCAACCUCCAGGUUCUCCGACUCCGCGACUUUGCUCAGGUUUUCCAGAUUGACUCUGAUGUUGGUUCAGUCUUGUCCGAACACCUGCGGAUCAGGAGGCAUUUGAGGAUCAUCAGCCAUCGAUAUCGCGCAUUUAUAAUAUGUUGCCUAAUCUUGAUCACUGGCAGCCAAUUCACUUCUUUGCUUAUCACUACAAAGGCUACUUCUGCACUGAAUUUUUAUAAAGCUGGAGAACUUGCUUUGUGUUCUAUAACUCUCCUCACUGGACUCUGUAUAUUAUUACGAAGUGCAACGAAAAUAACUCACAAAGCACAAGCUAUUACAUGCCUAGCGGCAAAGUGGCAUGCUUGUGCAACAUUAGAUUCACUCAAUGCGAACGAAGAUGAUAUGCCGAGGAGUCCGUCUGUCAUUCAGAGCCAUCAACCUUUCCCUCAUGUGGGUACGGAUGGUGAAUCGGACGAUGGAGAUGACCUUGGUGAUGAAGAUGACAUAGAUAACAACAAGAUGAUCCCAUCUUAUGCUUAUAGUACCCUUUCAUUCCAAAAGAGACAAGCUCUAGUGACUUAUUUUGAGAACAAUCGAGCUGGGAUUACAAUCUAUGGGUUCGUACUAGAUAGGAGCACACUCCACACCAUUUUUGGCCUUGAGUUAUCGCUUGUUUUAUGGUUGCUUGGAAAGACCAUUGUUAGCCUUUAAUUUCUUUGAGACACACAUUGUACGUAUCUAUGUAAUAUAUAUGUCGAAACCAUUUUUUUGAAAAUCGACUUAUUUAAA